UAAGUAAAGGCUUGUGUUUAUUUGUAAAGCUAUAGCCAUUUUAAUAUUAGUUAAAAGUAUGUAUAUCGUCGUUCAUUUGUAAAUGUUUAGCUUUGUAAUACUAAUACAUUAUACGCGGCAUAAUAGAAAGUUGUGUAUGUAGGUUAUGACGUAAUUGGAAAAGUAUAGCCGUUUUAUAACUCGCAUAUCGUUAUAUAAUAUCAACAUAAACAACGUUUUCGAUUACAGCAAUAUAUCGAUAUUACAGCUAAGCAAUACUGAAUUUUGCUGUAAUGGCAAGCCGUUAUGUUAUAAGCAAUGUACUUGUGAUGGUAUUGAGUUCGUUUUGCUUUCACUUCAUGGUUCCAUGGUUCAGCAGAAAACUGACGUCACAUUUUAAAUCAUAUCAGAAACUACCUUCAAAAUUGCAAACAGAAUGGCACAACAGAAACGUAUCAACUGUUCAUUCCACUAUUGUUACCGUGCUAUCAAUUUAUGUUGCUUUAACGGACACUGACGGAUAUAGAAAUGCCAUUUGGGCAGAAUCGCAAACGGCUGAAAUGGUUUUAUCAAUAUUGCUAGGGUAUAUAUACUCAGACAUUGUUUAUUUACUGCAAUCAUCACCAAGCCAAACGGAUGCAUAUUGGGGUUCGAUGCUUCAUCAUAUUAUUGUUGUUAUUGUAUAUUCAUGUUGUACGUUCUGGGGAUGUUACACCCACUUAACUAUUGUUCGCACAAUUGCUGAGGUUUCAACACCGUUUGUUAAUAUGAGGUGGAUACUGGAUGCUUGUAGGAUGAAAGAUUCCAAAGUAUUUAUGUACAAUGGAAUCCUUAUGACAUUGACAUUUUUUGGAGGUCGAAUUCUAUUGAUGCCUUACGCAUACGUUCGUCUCUACCAAUUACGAAAUACUAAAGAUUUUCAAAAAUUGGGAAAAGUCGCAUACACAAUUCUACUUGGAAUCUUUGUGGAUGGUUUGAAUAUUUACUGGUUUGCUAGAAUAAUGAAAGGUUUGAUAAAAUACAUUAAGAUCAACACAGCGGGAAAAGAUUAAAUUUGAUUUUGAAAUCUUCCCAUUUGAUUACCUGUUUCUUUUCAUUUGAAAUUUUAGCCUUAAUGUUUUUACUUAUUCAUUGUUAUUUUAUAGUUGUAAGCUGUUAUAGUGUUAUAUAGGAAUAGAAUCAUACUAAAAUACACAAAUACAAUCAUGCUUAAAAACUUACUGUUACAGCACGAUAAAACCAUAUACUGUAUUAAUCAUCAAUGUAUUCAAUGUCUGCAUGUGGUGAAUUGCAGUACUUAUUUUAACUAAUUGCUGUGCCUUGAGCUUUUCACUGUAAUAUAUCGGAGAGUUUUUAGCUUUUUCCUUGUUCAGUUUGUGUAUUACACUUCACAUACCUCUCUAACAUGCAUUAUUGCCUUCUAAAAUCUAAUUUCUUCCAGAUUUUAAUCAACUAGUACUAAAUUUUGAAAUUUAUUGUAUCUAUAGGCAUUCACGUACAUCAUUUUUCUGCAUAAAUCGUGUGCAAUAAUAUAUAUCAGAUAUAAAAUUGAAUUUCCUGUGUUUUAAAUUCUUUUUCAAAAUAUGUUGUUUCUUUAUUUGCUAUUUUAAAUUUAAUUAUAUUGCUUCCACAACUUUAAGUUAUAAGUGUGUUUUUAAACAAUGAUAAAUUUGCAGUGUUUAUUUUUAUAUGGGAUUUUUAAUGCUGUUUUUUUGCUUGGCUUAUUAAAUAAUGAAAUAUUCUGUUCAGAUUCUUUGUUACAAUUUAAUAAAGUGUGGAAAUUGUAGAUUUGUGGCCAUUGUGAAUUGCAUUAGUAAAAACUUGUUGAGUCAUGCUCCCACGA